AUGGCCAUCACCCGGGUGUGUGUGACAGGGGGUUCAAGCUAUCUUGGCUCAUUUCUCGUCAAGAAACUCUUGGAGAAAGGCUAUACCGUCCACGCCACCCUCCGAGAUCUAGGUGACGAAGUGAAGGUUGGGUUGCUGAAAAAUCUUCCGUAUGCAGACUCUAGGCUUGUGUUGUUCCAGGCGGAUAUAUAUAAUCCCAAUGAGUUUUCUCCGGCGAUUCUUGGCUGCCACACCGUCGUACAUGUCGCCACUCCUUUGCUACACCAACCCGGGGAUUCUCCGUACAAGAGCACAACAGAGGCAGCCAUAGCCGGGGUGAAGAGGAUAGUGGAAUGCUGCAUAGCCUCCGGCACAGUGAAGCGUCUGGUGUACACAGCCACUGUUAUGGCAGCUGCGCCUUUGAAAGAUGACGGGUCGGGUUUUAAGGACGCCAUGGAUGAGACCUGUUGGAGUCCUCUCAAUUUCUCUUGUCCCUAUUCUCAAGAUUUUCUCCAUGAAUAUGUACAUUCAAAGACACUGUCAGAAAAGGAAGCCCUGAGAUGCAACGAUGACGACGAAGGCCGGAAACUAGAGGUGGUGAGUCUUGCUUGUGGGCUUGUCGGAGGGGAUACAAUACAGCCGUGGCCGGCCGAGAGCCUGUUAGUCAUGAUAUCACAAUUCAUCAAAGAUAAGAGGAGGUAUGGAGUGUUGAGAUUCUUGGAGGAACUGAUGGGAAAAGUACCUAUUGUGCACAUUGAAGAUGUUACUUCUGCCUUCAUACUCUGCAUUGAAACAGAGGGCUUAAUCGGGAGAUUUCUCUGUGCUUCUGAUUUUCUGAAAACGGCUGAGAUUGGAAGCAUUCUGAAGACGACUUGUUGCUCCCCUGAUGAUGAUGAUGAUGAGUUCAUGGAGGACAGCAAGAGAGACAUUAGAUGGGGUUCUACAAAGCUGGAGGAAUUUGGGUUUCAGUAUAAGUAUGACGCAAAGAUGAUCUUACAAGGCAGUGUUCAGUGUUUCCAGAAAUCUCAGCAGAAUCUUCUCUAG